GACUACGCGCUGGACCCCGAGGAGCAGCUCCAGCGCGCGGAAAUUGUUCCUCGAGAUCUAAGGAUGAAGGACAAGUUUUUAAAGCAUCUCACGGGUCCUCUCUACUUCAGCCCCAAGUGCAGCAAACACUUCCACCGGCUCUACCACAACACCAGAGACUGCACCAUCCCAGCAUACUACAAGAGGUGUGCCCGGCUGCUGACCCGGCUGGCUGUGAGCCCCGUGUGCAUGGACGGGUGAGCAGCGAGUGACCACAAAGGAAACCACGAGAAGUGCCUUGGAGACCAACAGGGACACAGAACCUACUACCUUCACACACACGCCCCCCUGAACAAGAGAGUUAUUUUUGCAGACUCCCGUGAUUCCUUCAGUUCCGUAUGUGGACACUGUUGGGCACCCGACAGUGAACCCGCCUUUCCUUGAGGAAGCGAGCGUGCGCUUGCCGGUCACACCCUGCAAGGACAGAAGGCACCUCACUCUCCUAAUUGGGUGAAAUCACAGAGUAUUUCUUUAGAUUUCAAAUAUAGACUUGAAACUAUAUUUUCAUAUAGCAUAUGGUAUGAUUUAAUAUUUUUGUUACUUUUACAAUUAAAUUCCCAGAUAUUAUUUGGAACUGCAUGAAAACAAUUUUUUAAAAAGAUGGCUUCAGCCAUGCUUUGGAGACAGUGAAGUGUAAUCGUGUGCACAGCGAGGUCAAUUCACCUGCCCUUUGUGUAAUAAAUGUAAGAUAGGAUCAGCCUAUUGUGUAAUAUGUACAUACUGUAAAUAAAGCAAGUAAUAAAGUGUUUGUUAUAAUAAAAAUCUUAAAAGUGACUUUUUGUCUAACACGUCCAUCGCUGGGAAUGCAGUGUACAAAUCGAUGAAGACAAUACUGGCAGCAUGCCAGAGACAUGAAAGGCAUAAACAAGCAACACGGGAAGGCUGUACGUUUUUGUCACCAACUGUUAUCACAGGUAGCAGGGAACGUUUCCACGUCUGCACCUGUAGUUCCCGUGUGACGAAGCAUGGAGCACUGCCCUACAGGAACCUUGACUUUCAAGCAGCUCCAGGUUUUUACAGGCACAGAUCCGACUGGACCCAAUUUAAAAAGACAAGUGAACCCAGUGGAGUUUCUCUUCACGAA